CAAAUUCUACAACUUCCUCCGUUCACCGAUCAUUUCAUCAAUCGAAUUGAUAAUUGCAAUUCAGAGAAUCUUAGAGAUUUUUUUUUGGAGGAGAAUAAUGGCGGUAGCUUCUGAUCAAGCCACAAGCAUCUGCAGUUACUGUGACAGAGCGAUUCCUUCUUCCAAUCUCGAUUUGCAUGUUGCUCACUGCUCCCGGAAGCUUGAAAAAUGUAAAAUUUGCGGGGAUGUGGUUCCAAAAAAACAUGCAGAAGAACAUUUCUUGAGCACUCAUGCUCCGGUAGCCUGUUCUUUGUGUAGCGAGACAAUGGAGCGUGAGGUAUUAGGUGUUCACCAAGGUGAAAAUUGCCCACAAAGGAUUGUGACAUGCGAGUAUUGCGAAUUUCCUUUGCCUGCAAUUGAUUUAUUUAAGCAUCAGGAAGUAUGUGGGAAUAGAACAGAACUCUGUCAUAUGUGUAGCAGAUACAUUAGGCUCUGUGAAAGAGAUGUCCAUGAGAGUAGAUGUAAUGGAGGCACAAACAUCAUUGCAGAAUCUUCCAGGAACACUAGUCCAGCUGAGAGAGAUCAUCACAAUGUUCCUAGAAGGCAACCACACGAAGCUUCCAGGAAGCGGCUUCUAUUUACAAUUGCUAUAACGGGCGUUGCUGUUUUGUUUGGCUCACUUAUUUUCCAGAAAAAAGCUGAACACAGUCAAAUGCCUUAGCGUCUUUACUGUUAUCCAUGAACUGAUAUUAUGUCAAUUUUAAUUAGGAGUUCCAAGAAUCCAUAAUGUACCUACAAAGAACUAACAUGCAAUCAAAGAUAUGAACAAUUACUGUUGUAUGUAA